CUACUAAAACCCUAAAUCGCAGUCUCCCUCUCUCCAGCGAGCAACUCGAGGAAGCCUGUAUACUCCCUCACUCUUUCAUUGCAGUGUCUUCCUCUCUCUCGCUUUAGGUAUUGGGAACAGCAGAUCAGCAUAAUUUGGUCUAAAUCGCUGUAGAACCAUGAAGUUUAAUAUUGCGAAUCCGACAACUGGUUGCCAGAAGAAACUGGAAAUUGAUGACGACCAGAAACUCCGAGCCUUUUAUGACAAGAGGAUCUCUCAGGAGGUUAGCGGAGAUGCCUUGGGUGAGGAAUUUAAGGGGUAUGUCUUCAAAAUCAUGGGAGGGUGUGAUAAACAGGGCUUCCCAAUGAAACAGGGGGUUUUAACUCCCGGUCGUGUGAGGUUGCUGUUGCACAGAGGGACACCUUGCUUCCGUGGUUAUGGUCGACGCAAUGGCGAGCGGCGCCGAAAAUCUGUUCGGGGAUGCAUCGUCAGCCCUGACCUUUCCGUUCUUAACCUGGUUAUUGUGAAAAAGGGGGAAAAUGAUCUUCCUGGCCUCACUGACACGGAGAAGCCGAGAAUGAGAGGUCCAAAGAGGGCCUCCAAGAUCCGCAAGCUCUUCAACCUGUCCAAGGAGGAUGAUGUGCGCAAGUAUGUCAACACCUACCGUCGGACAUUCACAACAAAAGCAGGGAAGAAGUGUAGCAAGGCUCCCAAAAUCCAGAGGCUAGUGACUCCGUUGACACUUCAGAGGAAGAGAGCGAGAAUGGCAGAGAAGAAGAAGAGAAUAGCAAAGGCCAAGUCAGAGGCCGCAGAGUAUCAGAAGCUUUUGGCUUCAAGAUUGAAGGAACAGAGAGAGCGGAGGAGCGAGAGCCUUGCCAAGAAGAGAUCUCGCCUCUCUGCUGCUUCCAAGCCCUCUGUGGCUGCUUGAGGUCAUUCCUCCAUAUAAUUUUUCUUUGUUAUGGCAAACAUAAGUUUCUGAACUUGGAUAUUUGUUAUUUUCCUCCGUUGUUUUUGGGCUUAUUUUAAGGAUUUGUUGAAGUUUGCUCUUGCUUGUGAAUUUGUUAUGUGGUACACAUGCACAUGCAUUUGCAAUGUGUUUUUGACCUUGGCUAUUUCCUAUUUGCUUCAAAAUUUUGUUUCAAGAUGUUCCAUGAGAAUUCGCUGUGUACAAGCAGUAGUGUACAAGCAAUUGAUUUUA